CGGGCGGGGUUAGGGAGGUGGUGAUGCGCUGCAGUCGUGCUGAGUGCCUAUGUGGCGCGGCUUGAACUCCCCCGCCGAGCUGGCUGGGGUCGCGGAGACAGUCUGGGCUGGUUGCAGUGGAAACGCUCUUUCCGGCGGGCCGGCGGCCUCCUCGUCCGUUGGGCCCCUUCCCGCGCCGCCUUGCCGGGCCUUAGCGGCGGGCUCUCCCGCUGGGGCUCCGGGCGGUGCCCUUCGGUCGGUUACCGAUUCAUCUUGUAAAUACCGAGCGCCUGCUCUUUUGCACCGGCACUGGGUUCCGGAUGAACUAGAUGGCGUAACCUCGGCCAUCACCUAGUAAUCUGGGACCUUUUCUUAAAUUCUGGGCGGAGAUACAGUUGCUUACCUGUCAGGUGAAGGUGGUGGGCGGGGUGAUCUCCAAAGCACCUCUUAGCUCCGCAAGGUGACAGCACUUGUCACCGUGCCAGCGUAAUACCCCGGCUAUUUGCUUGGUGGCAGUUUUUGAUACUUAGGGACAAAUCAGCUGGACAAUUAAAUUAGAUCGAUAAAACUUCAUUGCUGGAAGAACUUGUCUAUUUGAAUCUUGACUCCAGUCGUUUGUCACCUCUAAUUUAGCCCCUGCCCUGUGAACUAGCCCCAUUACACCAGAUUGGGCCCUUCGGAAGUUGAUCACAGUGAAGUGUUAGAUUUUUCACAGCUGGAAAUCAUCUGAGCAAAAUCUUUUAUAAGGGAGAAAACUCAGCAUCAGAGAUGUGGAGCUCCUUGGCUAGACCUUCCCAGCUGCCCUUGCAGUUCCUUAUUCUGUUCCGGUGACCCAAUGAGUACCUUUAUCAUCAGUGAACCUUUAUCAGAGAUCAAACGAUGCUGUUUGGAAAAGUUUCCCAGCAGUUGUGCGGCCUAAAGAAACUCCCAUGGUCAUGUGAUUCCAGAUACUUCUGGGGCUGGCUGAAUGCAGUGUUUAAUAAAGUGGACUAUGACCGCAUCAGGACUGUCGGCCCUGAUAGGGCGGCAUCUGAGUGGCUGCUGCGCUGUGGAGCUGCGGUCCGUUACCAUGGCCAGGAGAGGUGGCAGAAGGACUACAACCACCUCCCAACAGGCCCCCUGGACAAAUACAAGAUUCAAGCCAUCGAUGCGACAGACUCCUGCAUCAUGAACAUUGGAUUUGAUCACAUGGAAGGCCUUGAACGCGUUGAAAAAAUAAGAUUAUGCAAGUGCCAUUAUAUUGAGGACGACUGUUUGCAGAGACUUGGGCAACUUGAAAAAUUACAAAAAAGCCUAUUGGAAAUGGAAAUAAUUUCCUGUGGGAACGUCACAGACAAAGGCAUCAUUGCUUUGCGUCAUUUAAGAAACCUCAAGUAUUUGUUAUUAAGUGAUCUUCCUGGAGUAAGAGAAAAAGAAAACCUUGUCCAAGUUUUUAAGACAACACUGCCAUCUCUUGAACUAAAAUUACAAUUGAAGUAAAAUAAUGUUUUAUUUCAGUAUGAAGGAUUAUUUGGAAAUUUUGGUCCUAAAAGGAACCUAUAUGUAAUCAUCAAUAGAAUUGUAACAAUGGCAUAUCAUAGCAUUUUAGGUACAGGAAAUAAUUUUCAAAUGAAGAAGAUAAAUAUUCAGACAUGACUCACAGAAGUUAUUGAGUUGGAAGUGAGAAAUUAUGUAAUUAAAUCAUUUUAAGAAAAAUGCAAACUAGGUGAUAUUUUAAUUCUAAUGUAUUCCUUAUUUAAUACAAAUGUAUACUGUGUUAUUUAUUGUAGAUAGUGACUAAGAAUUUCUGAGUUCACUGUGCGCCACAGAUAUUCUUUAUUGCAUUUUCACAAUUUUUAUUGCACUCUGUUGUAACUUCAGAGUUACUGAAGCUCAUUACCACAGUGCACAAUGAUGAGGCAGUGAACGAGACUGCAGAUUCCGGGAUGGAGUGGGCGGUGCAGAGAGGCCAGUGGGUUUGCACCUGUGCCUCAGGAUGCUGCAUUCCUGUGUUCUUGGUGGUGCAUAAGCGUUCUCAGAAUGGAUGCUGGCUAGUUAAUUUGUCUGGUAAGCUUAAAAUUGGACAUGAAUACUUGGCUCAGUUCAGAUAGUCUGCUGCUUGCACUGGAACAGAGGUAGCAAUCAUAGACACCACCAGGCUUCACUUCACAUUUUUCUUCAGUCAAAAAUUUUUAUUUGAUGCUGGGUAUGAUGGCACAUGUCUGUAAUCCCAGCACUGGGGAG